AUGAUAUACCCCGACUUCUUCUCUGACAUCCAACAGUAUCUCAGAAAAGUCCUCUUGCAGAAGAGAAUCCUCAAGAUCUCUACCGAAUAUCCUUGCACAAGCUAUACAGAAGAACGCAAGAAAAAGAACAUACAGUUGAUGGCCGACACGGUGGACUCAUUGAUGCGCUGCAUGUGCAAGACUAGGAUUGCCGACGAUCCCAAAGAUGGGCAGCACCAAGGAAGCUGCACCUGCUUGUCAGUUCAUCCAGAGAAGAUCGUAGAUCCUAGCUCGUCACCUGUCUUCCCUUUACUCCGCGAGAUAAUUAUCGAAUUUCAUGGACGCGAGGGAUCUUAG